AUGGCCAAACGGAUCGUGGCCACGAAGUCUUCAUCGUCGAAGCAACGGCAGUUCAACCGCAAGAAAGAGUACCUCGUCAAGUGGCAUGGAUUGCCCGAAUACGAAGCGACCUGGGAACUUGAGCGGGACAUCAAACAUGUUUCCCAUUUCAAGCGACUGGUUCAAGAUCUGCGAGCCAAGAUACAAGCGGCGAAGUCGAUAACCGGGGGAGAAUGUAGCGACGUCACUCUAGUGGCGUCAUAG